AUGGCAUCCAAAGCUGACGCUCCUUCUGCCCAGUCCAAGACCUUCCAAGUUCUCAGCCAGAUUGAUGGGCAAUUCUGCAACGACGAGGUUGUCGUUCGUCUGAUUCAUUUCUGGGAAGCCCGCAAUUUCAAGAAAGGAAACAUCCUGAUGGGUCUCGAGCUCCUCCUCCUUGACGCCGAGAAUAACGCAGUGAAGCCGGAGAAGAGGAAUUAUGUUUUGACGGUGAUUGAGUUUGAAGCCAAGAUUCUUGAGAUCGAAGAGGUUUCUCAAGAUGCAGCGUACUGGAUCCGGAGGAUCCCUCCUCGGCUGUGGGCUACAGCGUACUUCGAAGGGCAACGGAGACAGUUGAUGACUUGGUUCAACGAGCGGCGUGAGACGAGUAUGCAGUGGACUUCAAUCCUCGUCCCAACCGCUGAGUGGCGUGUAGCGGAGGCGUUUGAGAUUGCGAGAACCUAUCAGACAUGGUUUCUCGCAGCUUUUGAUUCUAGGGAAAAUAAGUGA